GAUCUAGGAGACCGAGCUGUUUGGUCUGUUUCUAGUGCCAAACCUGGCUUUGGCGUUGCUCAACUCAGAGAUGAUUCUAUUCAUACGUUGUGGCAAUCGGAAGGUCCUCAGCCUCACUUUAUACGGAUCGAAUUCCCCAAAAAGACUGCUGUUUCACGUAUUUCGAUAUUUGUGGAUGUCUCGAUGGAUGACUCCUACACGCCUUGUCGCCUUUCGAUAGCCGUUGGCAGUUUCAAACAAGAUCUACAACAGAUCAAACAACUUGAUUUACGAAACCCACGAGGAUGGCAGGACAUCAAGCUCGGCCACCUGUUCCAGAUCGCGGUUUUGGCCAAUCACCUUAAUGGAAAAGACACCCACAUCAGAGCACUCAAAAUAUUUGGCCCGCGA